AGGAUCCUGUGGAGCGGCGUGGUAAUGCUUUCAUUCGCUCCGUCUAAAAGAUGAUUAAUUCUUACACAAUCCUCACAUUUUACAACAUAACACACACAUCGCGCCGUAUCACCUCUUAGUAAAUCAGCUAACUGAGCCGCGCAAGUUCAAGCUUCGUCGUAGACUUUCCCUCGCCGCCUCUCGUUAUGACGUCAUCGUUUGUGGUGCCGGUCAUUGAUGUCCAGCAUGACAACUUCAGAGAACUCUGGCCCGCUAUGGUGGUGGCUAUGACGUCAUCCUCUUUUCUUGCUCUUGACACGGAGCUGAGUGGUCUUGGGAACAGGACGUCAUUGCUUGCUGCGUGUAUAGAAGACAGGUACAAAGCCAUAUGUCACGCAGCACGCUCUCGCUCCAUCCUCUCCCUGGGAAUCGCCUGCUACAAGAAACUCAGCGACCAGUCCGCAGACACGUACCUGGUGCAGGUGUACAACCUCACCCUGCUUUGUUCAGAGGAGUACAUCAUAGAGCCCCAGUCAGUGCAGUUCCUGGUGCAGCACGGCUUUGACUUCAACAAACAGUACGCUCAGGGCAUACCCUAUCACAAGGGGAACGACAAGGGAGGCUCAGACAACCAGGGUGUUCAUAUCCGGGCUUUAUUUACGGAGCUAUUGCGUGCAAGGAAGCCCUUGGUGCUCCACAACGGCCUGAUUGACAUCGCUUUCCUGUACCAGAACUUUUAUGCACAUCUUCCAGAUCGAUUAGCCACCUUCACGGCCGACCUGUCGGAGAUGUUCCCGGCAGGUGUCUUCGACACUAAAUACGUGACAGAGUUUGACCUCCGCCUCAGCGCCUCCUACCUGGAGUAUGCCUACAAGAAAUGUAAGCUGGACAACAGCCGCAAGGAGUCCUCCGGUGGGACCGGCCGUCACGUCCACCUCCAGUUCUGUCAGUAUGCCGGUGCCAUGUCCCGCUAUGUGGACCAUAGGGCCUGCCCGACUGUUGCUCCUCCUCAGGUGCAGGCUGACAUCUGCCACAACUUCUCUGCGUUCGGUUGGUGUCCAAAAGGCACCAAGUGUCCUUUGUCCCACGACACAGACCUCAUCAUUCUCCAAGACGAUAAUUCCAGGACGGAGAAGAGGAAAAAGAGGAAGCGGCAUCGCAAGAAGAAGAAAGGAGGAGAAGAGGAAGAAGACCCUGCAGCGCUGGAAGGUGCUCCUCCAGACAAAAAGCCUCACAUGGACUUGGACCUUGGGAAGAUGAUUGACAACCAUAAGGAGGAGACCCCAGACACAAACACACCACUGCAUGAUGGAGAAGACAUGAAAACUCUGCAUGAUGGAGAAGAUAUGAAAAGUCUGCAUGAUGGAGAAGACAUGAAAACUCUGCAUGAUGGAGAAGAAGACAUGAAAACGCUGCAUGAUGGAGAAGAAGACAUGAAAACUCUGCAUGAUGAAGAAGAAGACAUGAAAACUCUGCAUGAUGGAGAAAAAGACAUGAAAACUCUGCAUGAUGGAGAAGAAGACAUGAAAACUCUGCAUGAUGGAGAAGAAGACAUGAAUGGAGACGCCAUGAAAGGAGACCUCAAAGUGUGCGAGGACACCACGGAAUCCCCAAGAAAGACCGGAAGAUGCGACAAGAAGGUGGAGUCAGGUUCCCACCGAGCAGGGUUCGAUGCCUUCAUGACUGGCUACAUCUUCGCCUACUCCUGCACCACCGUGCAGCAGGCGGACGCCGACGCCAGCGGCGAGGAGCGGGCGUGGCUCCCCGACUCCCUCAACAAGAUCUACCUCAGCGGCAAGGCGGCCCCUCUGAACAUAGUCAAGAGCACCUUCUCCAAGUCCUCCAAGGCCCACGUGCAGAAGAUGGCGCUGGUGUGGGCCGGCAAGCGGGGGCAGCAUUGUAGUGUCAACAUAUGGCGGGAGAGAGAGAGAGAGAGAGAGAGAGAUGGUCACUUCCGACCACACCACGUCGUCUUCAGCGUGUUAAAAUGGCGGGCGACGACAUUGACUACAAUAUCGUGUUUCCGGAUGCGGAAACGUCAGAGGCACACUGGCGGGGAAGGAAGGAGCCAGUGGUGAUAUUGUUGGGCUGGGCAGGCUGCAGAGACAAACACCUCAGCAAGUACAGCAACAUCUACAAUAAACAGG